UACCACCCCCUUUCCCCCUCCACUUUGGAUACGUAGGCAUUGGUGGAGCAGCCACAGCUAACUGAGGCCUUCAAGCUUUUUGGGGGCUGUGAGCGUAAAAUGGAGGCUGAGCUCCAAGAUGGAUCAUCUCCUGGCCUUUUGAAGGCUGAGCAAGAAAAGGGGAUGAGAGGACUGAACUCCGUGAGGCCUGAUCCAGAGAAGGGCGGAAGAAGAGAGACCCAUGCCAUUCAUGGGGAGAACCUCCGGGAUUUUGGGGGGAAAGCUGUCCCGGAGGAAGUGACCCGAGAGCCUCGGAAGGGGCUGCAGCAGCGAUGGGAGUCUCAGCUUCAGGAGUUCCUCAAGGCUCUGGAGCCCCCUCACACCGAAGGCGGAGGCUCGCAGCUCUCGGGACCCCUCCCGAGGAGCCGUCCUCUCCCUUCCCUGACCCCCUCUGAAGGGAGAGCCAAUUCUAGCCACCGGUCUAGAGGCGAGAGGGUUUUCUAUCUGCCGUCCAGACCGAGGGAGGACGUCCACCAGGGUGAGAGGAGACCUCUAGACCGAGGGAAGCUAGACAGCCGGGAAGCCAAGAGGUUGAUGCUCCGCCGAGAGGCCAGCAACCUGCAUGACGAAUGCCACCUUUUCCGGUGCUUUGGCUACCAGGAAGCUGAAGGACCCCGUGAAGCCUGCCGGCAUCUCCGGAGGCUUUGCCACCAGUGGCUGAAGCCCGAGAGGCACACCAAGGAGCAGAUCCUGGAGCUGGUGAUCCUGGAGCAGUUCCUGGCUGUCUUACCCCCAGAAAUGCAGAGCUGGGUUCGGGAUUGCAGUCCCCAGACCUGCACCCAAGCGGUGGUCCUUGCCGAAGACUUCCUGACGUGGCAGCAAGAGAAUCAGGUGCGGGAGGAGCAGAUGAUCAGCCCAUUUGAGGAGGAAGGCUCAUUCAAGAAACCAUUGCUGGAUGGCUGGAUGAAGCCAAAGGAUGAUGGAGACACUGCUGAGUUGGAGGAUGAGAAGUUGUCUAGGACCGAGAAGAAGGACCCCGAAAACUCCGAGGAGUUGGAACCCCAUUGGAUGUUGUCAGGGAGACCGGACCAGAGUGUCCCUCUCUGUUCAGAUCGCGGGGAAGUUCCUGAGAUACUUUUUGGGAACUGCCUGGAGAGAGAAGCAGGGAAGUUCAUCAACUCUCAGGGCACCUACGAAGACCUAGACGAGAGUGCGAUUCAGCCGGGAGCCUUCCCCGGCGGCGAGAGGGACAAUGCCUGCCACGUCUGCGGGAAAGCCUUCUGCCGGCGCUCCAACCUCAUCGCCCACGAGCGGACCCACUCAGGAGAACGGUGGUACAAUUGCUCCGAGUGCGGGAAGAGCUUCGUCAGCCGAGCGGCCUUCCUCAUCCACCAGCGCGUGCACACGGGGGAGAAGCCUUACAAGUGCUGCUACUGCGGGAAGGGCUUCAACACGGGCUCCAGCCUGACCCGACACAAGAGGAUCCACACUGGUGAGAAGCCCUACAAGUGCCUGGCCUGCGGGAAGCGCUUCAACGACUACUCCAAUUUCAUCGUCCACAAGAGGAUCCACACGGGGGAGAAGCCCUACGAAUGCUCCGUCUGCGGGAAGCGGUUCAGUGACAACUCAAACUUCAUCAAGCACCAUCACUAAGGAGCGAUCGGAGGUCAUCCAGGACUUUUUUGGAACAAAAAAGGAGGCUAGGAAGCCCUCCAGAGUCACCUGCCGAGUCAGCAUAGGAUGUGUUUCCCAGUUGUGAUGGGUUUUGCUGUGAAGGCUGGAGGGAGAAAUGGGUUCCUCACAGCCUCUGUUGCCUUGGCGAGCAAGCUUCCAAAAAAGGUAGAGGUGGUGGAUCUCUCCCUAUAUCUGAUGAACUAACUUGUUUCUCUUCGUAUCACCCCCCCCAAACACACAGAAACGUGUAUUUCCCCCCACCACCCCUACCACUCGUCCUGCAAUCUAUUGAUCG